CGGCGGGGGUGUGUGCGCGCCCGAGUGUGCGCGUGUGUGAGCACACGGGCGGGUGAGAGCGCGCGUUAGGGAUUCUGCCGGCGUCGCAGCCUGGAGAGCAGGAGGCAGGAGCCGGGCGCGCAGGAGAGCGCAGGGCUCUGCCGCGCACACGCCGUGCGCGCUCUCCCGUGCGCACACACAUACAAACACACACACAUACACACACUCUCUCUCUCUUUCUCUCUCUCUCUCUUACACACACACACACACGCACGCACGCACACACGCCCUUUCUGCUUCGCUGGUUGCCGCUGCCACCGUCUCGGAGCCGAGCCCUGCGGAGCGAGAGCCCAAGCUGGAGCAGGGAUCGGAGGCGAGCCCAGCCCGGCGAUGCCGGCUGCAAGCGGGGCCGCGCGCAGACGGCGCGCUCCGAUGGAGUCCUACUGAGGAGCUGGGAUUCUGGAGUGAGGCCUCAGAGAGGAAUCCUAAGGCAAUCUCCUGGCUCUCUUGAGUCUGAGGGCUGCUUAGCCUCCUGUCCAACUCUCCGGGCUCUGACCCUGUCCAGCCCUCACUAGCCUCAAGCUGAGAAGGUCAUUCCUGUCCCCACCUUGCCUGGGGUGUGUGCUUCUUGUGCUUCGGGGCUCAGUCAAGCACUGGAACAGUUACGUGUAUGCUGAGGCUGAGACCUGCAGGCUGCUGCUCCCCAGGCCUCUGGCAGCCCCUUUGACUCCCUGUGCCAUCUGAGCCAGGAGUCACGUGAGCCUCCCUCUGGGAUCUGGCAUGAAGGAGAAAUGGAUUCUGGAUUUUCCACUCUGGAUUUCCCUGACUUCUCCGGAGUUUAAGAAGCAUCCCGAGGCCUCUCUUGCUCAACCUCAGCCCAGAAUCCCUGAGGAUCAAUUCAGAAACCCAACGACUUCAAGACUUAAAAGCAUCGAGCCCCUUUCCCUGGACACAAACUGGACAGAAGUAGCCAGUUCCGCAGGUGAGCGAGAGGAUGCUGGCAGGGGGUGUGAGAAGCAUGCCCAGCCCCCUCCUGGCCUGCUGGCAGCCCAUCCUCCUGCUGGUCCUGGGCUCUGUUCUGUCAGGCUCUGCCACAGGCUGCCCGCCCCGCUGCGAGUGCUCAGCGCAGGACCGAGCCGUGCUCUGCCACCGCAAGCGCUUCGUGGCUGUGCCCGAGGGCAUCCCCACCGAGACUCGCCUGCUAGACCUGGGCAAAAACCGCAUCAAGACGCUCAACCAGGACGAGUUCGCCAGCUUCCCCCACCUGGAGGAGCUGGAGCUCAACGAGAACAUCGUGAGCGCCGUGGAGCCCGGCGCCUUCAACAACCUCUUCAACCUGAGGACGCUGGGGCUGCGCAGCAACCGCCUGAAGCUCAUCCCGCUGGGCGUCUUCACCGGCCUCAGCAACCUGACCAAGCUGGACAUCAGUGAGAACAAGAUUGUCAUCCUGCUAGACUACAUGUUCCAAGACCUAUACAACCUCAAGUCGCUGGAGGUCGGCGACAACGACCUCGUGUACAUCUCCCACCGAGCCUUCAGCGGCCUCAACAGCCUGGAGCAGCUGACGCUGGAGAAAUGCAAUCUGACCUCCAUCCCCACGGAGGCGCUGUCCCACCUGCACGGCCUCAUCGUCCUGCGGCUGCGACACCUCAACAUCAACGCCAUCAGGGACUACUCCUUCAAGAGGCUGUACCGACUCAAGGUCUUGGAGAUCUCCCACUGGCCCUACCUGGACACCAUGACGCCCAACUGCCUCUACGGCCUCAACCUGACAUCCCUCUCCAUCACGCACUGCAACCUGACAGCCGUGCCCUACCUGGCCGUUCGCCACCUGGUCUAUCUCCGCUUCCUCAACCUCUCCUACAACCCCAUCGGUACCAUCGAGGGCUCCAUGCUGCAUGAGCUGCUGCGGUUGCAGGAGAUCCAGCUGGUGGGUGGGCAGCUGGCCGUGGUGGAGCCCUACGCCUUUCGUGGGCUCAACUACCUGCGUGUGCUCAACGUGUCCGGCAACCAGCUGACCACCCUGGAGGAGUCGGCCUUCCACUCCGUGGGCAACCUGGAGACGCUCAUCCUGGACUCCAACCCUCUGGCCUGCGACUGCCGGCUGCUGUGGGUGUUCCGGCGCCGCUGGCGGCUCAACUUCAACAGGCAGCAACCCACCUGCGCUACCCCCGAGUUCGUCCAGGGCAAGGAGUUCAAGGACUUCCCGGACGUGCUCCUACCCAAUUACUUCACCUGCCGCCGGGCCCACAUCCGGGACCGCAAGGCCCAGCAGGUGUUUGUAGAUGAGGGCCACACCGUGCAGUUUGUGUGCCGGGCGGACGGCGACCCUCCACCAGCCAUCCUCUGGCUCUCACCCCGCAAGCACUUGGUCUCAGCCAAGAGCAACGGGCGUCUCACAGUCUUCCCUGAUGGCACGCUGGAGGUGCGCUACGCCCAGGUACAGGACAACGGCACGUACCUGUGCAUCGCGGCCAACGCCGGCGGCAACGACUCCAUGCCCGCCCACCUGCACGUGCGCAGCUACUCGCCUGACUGGCCCCAUCAGCCCAACAAGACCUUCGCCUUCAUCUCCAACCAGCCUGGCGAGGGAGAGGCCAACAGCACCCGCGCCACCGUGCCUUUCCCCUUCGACAUCAAGACGCUCAUCAUCGCCACCACCAUGGGCUUCAUCUCCUUCCUGGGCGUUGUCCUGUUCUGCCUGGUGCUGCUGUUUCUCUGGAGCCGGGGCAAAGGCAACACAAAGCACAACAUCGAAAUUGAGUACGUGCCCCGGAAAUCGGACGCAGGCAUCAGCUCAGCUGAUGCACCCCGAAAGUUCAACAUGAAGAUGAUAUGAGGACGGGGCGGGUGGGGGCGCAGGGACCCCCGGGGGAAGCACCGGGCAGGGAAGGAGCUGGCUGCUGCCCACUCACUCCCAGACCUUCCCACUUCCUCCCUGCCUUCCUCACACACUCUCCACCUCCUGACAUGUGCCCCUGCUGCCUCGCCAGCCCUCACCGCCUGCCCUCCUUCUACCAGGACCUCCGGAAGGCCAGGCCUGAGGACCCCACCUGCACAGGGGCCAGAGUUGACAGACGAAUCCAAAGCCGACAGACCGACACACGGCAGAGUCAAUAAUUCAAUUAAAAAAAAAGUUACAAACUUCCUCUGUAACUUGGGUUUCAAUAAUUAUGGAUUUUUAUGAAAACUUGAAAUAAUAAAAAGAAAAAAAACUAUUUCCUAUAGCUAGUCGGAAUGCAAACUUUUGACGUCCUGAUGGCUCCAGGGCCUUCUUCCAACUCAGUUUCUUGUUUUUCUCUUCCUCCUCCUCCUCUUCCUCCUUUCUCUUCUCUUCCCCUGUGGGGAGGGAUCACUCAGGAAAACAGGGAAGGAGAUUCCAGCCCCACCCUCUGGCCCACUCUGUUAGGCACCCUUUGGAGCCAUGGGUGGCAGCUCAGCUCCAGGGCGCAGCUCUAGAUGGCUUUUUGCAGGAAGUGGGGGAGGGGACAGGACUGCCCAGUGCAGGUGGGGCUUGUCUGCUAGCUGCCAGGCAGCACUGCCAAGGGGAGGUGGGGGCCAGGCUCGGUGUGGCUGAGACUGGGAUGGGCUGGGGUCCUCCUGGGGGAACAGCACAGUCAGCGGAAAGAGUCAGGAGCCAGAGGCAGGCCCGAGUCCUCUCCUCUGGUCCCAGCUCUGCUGCUCACCGUUGUGUGACUUCAAGCAGGUCACUGGCCCUCUCUGGGCCUCAGUUUCCACAUCUGUACAAAUGGGAACAUUAUCCCUGCCCUGCCUACCUCACAGGGCUGUUGUGAGGAAUUGAUGAGAUGAUGUAUGUGAAACACUUUGUAAUCUGUAAAGCGCUGUGCACAUGUGUGUGGGUGACUGCUCUCAUUAUGGUCAUUAUUCUCUCACC